AUGUCAACCACAGCAGUAUUUAUUCCACCACAAAUUAUGGUAACAUCAAAUGUUGAAAAAGUACCAAUUUCAAUUAUUACACAUUCAUCAGAUAGUAAUUUCAUUGCAUACAGGCUUAAUAAUAAAUUAAACAUUUUUGAUAAUAAAUUAAAUAAACUUGGUGAAUUAGAAUCAGGUUCACAACACACUGGUAUUAUUAGAUCAAUUGAAUUUACUAAAAAUAAUCAAUCUUUAAUUACUUCAUCAAGUGAUAAAUUUUUAAAAAUUUGGGAUACAACAAAUAAUUUUAAAAAUAUAAAAUCAAUUAAUACAAAUAAAAAGAUUAUUUGUUCAAUUUUGAACAAAGAUGAUUCAGAAAUUUUAGUAUCAGAUAAAUGUGGUGAUGUUUUUAAAUAUUCAUUAAUUGAUGAUUCAAAGAAUAAAAUUGAAGUUAGUGGUGAUAAAUCAGCCAAACAUGAUGAAAAAGAAAGUGAUAAGAAUUUAGUAUUUGGACAUUAUUCAUCAAUUGUUGAUAUUAAAUUUUCACCAUGUUUUAAUUAUUUAUUAUCAGCAGAUAGAGAUGAGAAAAUUAGAGUUAGUCAUUAUCCAAAUUGUUUCGAUAUUGAAAGUUUUUGUCUUGGUCAUACAAAAUAUGUUACAGAGAUAUUAUUGGUACCAGGUAGAGAUGAUUUAUUAAUUUCAGGUUCUGGUGAUGGUACAAUUAAAUUAUGGAAUUGGAAACAAGGUAAAUGUUUACAAACUGUAGAUUUCAAUAGUAAGCAUGAAAAUGCAAUUACAAUUCCACAAGUUGUCUUCAAAGUCGAUGCAACCACCACCACCAAUCAAUUAAUAUUUUCAAUUGAAAAUUCAAAUAAUAUUUACAUUUUACCAAUGAAUGUUGAAAAGGGUGAAUUCAAUCAAUCAGAACUUAAAACAAUUCCACUCACUCAAUCAUCACCAAUUUCAAUCGAUUUAAUUGAUAAUGGUAAAACCAUUUUAGCAUCUUUAUUACCAACUACAAAAGAGGUCGAUGUUGCAAUUGCUUUCGAUUCAACAACUUUAUCUCAACAAUCUGAUAAUAAAGUAGUUAUUGCAAUCAAUUCUGUUGAUGCUUCAACCACUUUAAAACCAGCUGAAUUAAAAUCAGUUUUAGAAUCAAUUGAAAAGAAACAAUACAGAAAACAUGUUUCUUAUUCAAAACAAAUGAUGAAUAGUACUGAUAAUAAAAAUAAAGAAGAUGAUGAUUUAAGUUUAGAUGAACAAGAUAUUGAUGAUACUACUGAUAUUAAUAACAAUAAUAAAAAUAAAAAUCAAGAAACUAUUCAAGAUAGUAGACCAUUAAAACUUAGAAAAAUGACAAUUGAGGGUGAUAAAGAAAUUCAAAAAGAAUUAGAAGAAAAAGAAUCAAAAAAACAAGAGGAAUAA